AUGGAAAACUAUCAACAGUAGAACUACCAUUAAUAGCCAGUUCAUUACAUGAACUUACCACCUCAAUAGAAUUUUAUCAUCAAGAGACAAUAUUAUUGCUGCUGCUGUGUAAAUCUAAAGUCCUCUCCUUAUGCGAUUGGUGUUUUUGAUAUAUUAUACUUCAUUGGCAUGCUUAUCCUUACUGUUUAACUUAAAUCAUCAGAUGGUUUCAAUAGUGUGUCACUUGCAAAUCUUCUAGCUACCUCACUACCAAGAAUUCUCGCUUUUGUUUAUUUUGCUAUUUAUCCAACAUCCAUCAGAACUCCAUCCAUACUGUUCUGGGUUAGAAUUUUAACCUGUAUUCCGCAUUCACACAAAUCCAGACAAGCCAAGUGA